UGUUUCAAUUACGCUUUAAUUUAUACGGUUACCGUUUGCGGCCGGCGGCGGUGCAGUCAGAAUCGUCCUUUUCGAGGAAUACGCGUGUACAGAAUACAGCAAAGAUCAGUUUAGUUAAUGUGGUAGGAAUCGUACCUAUAGCAGACACAGUUAAAUAUUAUAGUAAUACAUUUUCAAUUGAAAGGUUAUUGUUAAGAGCUGCUUGGAAAUUUGAAAACUGCAAUCACCAUCGGAUUAAAAUGUCAUCUCCAAUUUCAAAAUUUCGAUCGUUUUCUCGAAUCUUUACAUCAGCGUCUCCAAAGCCAGCUGCUUCUCGUUCUUUUGUAUUUGAUCAAUCAGUGAUCUCAAACUCUCAAAGUUCGCCAGCUCUAACAUCAGCAUGCGUUGCAAGGAGCGUAAGAACUCCGCCAACGAAAUCAAAAUCACCAGGAGCAUGCUCAACACCAAUGGUUCAAAAAGCUCAAAAUCGAUGCACUGGCCUGGUGGACGAAGUUUAUCCACAAAGAAGUUUCACGCCAAGCAAAAUAUCCUCUCGGGUUAAGAUGAACAUAAGUCCUUACAAAUAUCUUUGUUUAACUUCGAGGAAGCGGCAUUUAGGAGUGAGUGACGGCCUUUCUUACAAACCAAAGCCAAAUGCACCAAAACGCAAGGAUUCGUUUUACUCCGCAAAGAACCGAUCUCCAUGUCCCAGAAGAAGAUGUAGCGUCUUUAGUACAUCAGUUGCUCCCACCAACACUCCGAAAAACGACGGAAAAAUAUUUCGAUUAAGUGGUGUUUCAUUAAGUCCAUCGACAGUCUCAUGGACGGCCGAAAGUCCGGUACAAUUCGUCUCCGAUACAACGACGUCAUCACAAUCUCGUUUUCGUUGGAACUCCUGCUCUUCCGACGGCUGCUCACGUCGCCUCCAGCGACACGUGGAGCAGUGUCCUCCCGGAAAACUGUACUUUUGGGAAGAUGAUGAAUCGGAGUUAGAAACAGCGAUCCAACUUGGUAGAGGAGGGUUCGGCCGCGUAUUUGAAGGCAACUACCGUGGCCAGAAGGUGGCGAUAAAGAAACUGGAGAACGCGUCAAAGUCGCGCCAAGCUAUUCUGGAAACUAUGCAGGGUGAAAUGUACGGACUUCGACUGCAACAUUUGAACAUAGUGCGAACUCUGGUAGUGAUGCAACCGACGUUUUCACCAGAAAAUAAAAACCCGUCAAACACAUGCUAUGUAGUGAUGGAACAUGCUGGAAACCGAAAUCUCGCCCAAUUGCUCAACAAUUCCGAUGAAGAAAUAUCAAUGGGCAGAAAAAUAAGAUUCGCUUCCGACAUUUUGCAAGGCAUCACGUAUCUUCAUGAACGCCGAUUGGUUCAUCUUGAUUUAAAACCAAGUAACGUGAUUGUGACGUCAGAGGACACGUGCAAAAUUUGUGACUUUGGUUCUUGUAUGUCGAUCUCAAGUCCGAGGUUGAACCAGCCGAAUAUGUCACAGCUGAACACAACCCGAAGUGGAAUCAGUCUUGAUAAUCGUGAUGCAAACACAAGUCAAGCCUGUGAUUCUGCAAUCAAUCAAUCAACAAGUUACAUGUCAUUCUCAUCAACUGGUUCCGCCCAUUCGUCAUCUUGUUUGAUGGGCACGUUCGUAUACCGAGCGCCUGAAUUGUUGCGAGGAUUCUUCCCGACCACAAAAGCGGAUAUAUAUUCCUUUGGCAUAACCGCUUGGCAGUUAUGGAGUCGCAAACAGCCAUACGCGGGCCAACACAACCACGCAGCGGUUUUCUCAGUCGUCGCCUUCGGAUCGAGACCCAAGAUACCGGAUUACAUGGAUUACUGUGAUUUAGCCGAGGCAUCUUCGCUGAAACAAUAUUUCGAUGUGGUGACGUCAUGUUGGAAUGCUGAUGCCGAUCUUCGACCUACUGCAGAGCAAGCUAUAGCCGCAUUAGCAAAGUGCUAGGCCAACAAAGAUUACUGAAACCGAAAUUCAAAGUGUUUCCUGGACCGACGAGAGAAUUUAUAUUGUACAUAUACUGAUUUGCCUUUUUCUUUCGUGUCGCUACUUUACUUCCUUGUACUGUCUGUUGUGUGAAUCUGCUGUAUGCAGUGUAAUACUUCCCCUCCGAUUAAAGUUCACUUUUCCUUAACAUUUGAUUCCCUUAUGCAAUAAAAUAAUUC